CACCACAGUAUACCUAAUCUGUGGUGUCACUGCCGUCUGCCGUCGAUCAACUGUCAAUUCAAAAGUCAAUGGCUGCUAGCUGGAAAUACUGCAAAUUCAUAUAUUUUCUUAAUUUUUACACUUACAAAGAGGUUUUAUUAAAUGUUUGUGCUUAACUUAGGUCAAUCCAUAUCUAUAUAAGUGUUCGUAAAUAUCGACUGGAACUGGAACAGUAAAUACUAAUAGAUCCUAUAUUACUUAUUUCUUACACUUGUCUGAAUAUGUAUUAAACGAAUUAGGUUUAAUAAGUGAUAACAUCUCUGUAUUUGGUCUUCUCCAAGAUAAAACUCCUUACAAAUUUCAAUUCACCGUGACCGUGAUGGAUUUAUAGCUGAACUGAUCUCGGGUUAUUUUUUUUCUUUCAGCUACUGAUCUUUUUCUAUUGCAAAUGAUGGAUAACAUAGACGAAGUAAUAGAGUUAAAACCAUUGAAAAAAACUGAUAAAAAAGUCUAUAAAUGUGCCAUAUGUGGCUUGCAAACGGUACAUAAGAGAAAUCUUAACUAUCACAAGAAAACUCAUUUGGCACCGGAAGAACGAGAGUUAUUUGCUUGUAUACAUUGUGACAAGAAAUAUACAACAAAACACAACUUACAUCAUCACAUUGAGGAUAAUCAUAUUGAUUCCAGAUCAAAGAAUCUGCAGGAAAAUAUCCAUAAAUGUUCCAUUUGCGGCUACCAAACACGACAUGUGGCAUACUUUAGACAACACCAGAACAUUCAUUUGACACUAGAAGAACGACAGAUGUUUGCUUGUGCGCAUUGUGACAAGAAGUAUACAACAAAAUAUUUCUUACGACGCCACCUUGAGGAUAAUCAUAUGGAUUCCAGGUCAAAGAAUCUGCAGGAAAAUAUCCAUAAAUGUUCCAUUUGCGGCUACCAAACACGACAUGUGGUAUACUUUAGACAACACCAGAACAUUCAUUUGACACUAGAAGAACGACAGACGUUUGCUUGUGCGCAUUGUGACAAGAAGUAUACAACAAAAUAUUUCUUACGACGCCACCUUGAGGAUAAUCAUAUGGAUUCCAGAUCAAAGAAUCUGCAGGAAAAUAUCCAUAAAUGUUCCAUUUGCGGCUACCAAACACGACAUGUGGUAUACUUUAGACAACACCAGAACAUUCAUUUGACACUAGAAGAACGACAGACGUUUGCUUGUGCGCAUUGUGACAAGAAGUAUACAACAAAAUAUUUCUUACGACGCCACCUUGAGGAUAAUCAUAUGGAUUCCAGGUCAAAGAAUCUGCAUAAAUGUUCCAUUUGCGGCUACCAAACACGACGUGUGGAACACUUUAGACAACACCAGAACAUUCAUUUGACACUAGAAGAACGACAGAUGUUUGCUUGUGCGCAUUGUGACAAGAAGUAUACAACAAAAUAUUUCUUACGACGCCACCUGGAGGAUAAUCAUAUUAGUUCCAGGUCAAAGAAUCCGCGGAAAAAUAACCAUAAAUGUUCCACUUGUGGCUACCAAACACGCGAUAAAACACAGUUGCAACGACACCAGAAAAUUCACUUGGCCCCAGAUGAACGACAGUUGUUUGCUUGUCCACACUGUGAUAAGAAAUAUACGGAAAAAGGAAGAUUAAAAUUCCACCUUGACGCUAAUCAUAUUGAUUCCAGGUCCAAGGCUGCGCGGAAAAAUAUCUAUAAAUGUUCCAUUUGUGGCUACCAAACACCCUUGAUAUCACGCUUGCAACAACACCAGAAAAUUCACUUGGCCCGAGAUGAACGACAGCUGUUUGCUUGUGCACACUGUGAUAAGAAAUAUACGGAAAAACGAAGAUUAAAAUUCCACCUUCACUCUAAGCAUAUUGAUUCCAGAUCGAAAGAAGCUGAGCUAAAAGUCCAUAAAUGCGCCAUAUGUGGCUUUCAAACACCAGAUAAGUGCAUUUUUCACAGACACGAGAAAAUUCACAUCGCACGGGCAGACCGACAGUUGUUUGUAUGUGCACACUGUGAUACGAGAUAUACAACAAUACAAACCUUACGACGUCACCUUGAGAAGAAACAUAUUGAUGCCAGACACAAGAAAAUUCAUUUUCCACUGAAAGACCGACAGUUGUUUGCAUGUACACACUGUGAUAAGAGAUAUACAAGAAAACAAACCUUACGACGUCACCUUGAGAAGAAACAUAUUGAUGCCAGAAAUGCCCAUUGUACAUCUUCAACUGAUGAAGUGAUAUUAGAUGCUUUAAAAAUCGAAAUUGAUGAUCUUGCUUCGCCUUUGGAUGACUCUAAAAAUUCUGAAUGUUUAUCUUUGACUAAUGAAAUAAAAUCAGAAGAUUUUAUAAAAACAGAACCUGAAGAUGUCGCUCCGAUUAUGAAGACAGAGGUGCACGAUGACUUUAAAAAUAGCGAAAAUGAAUCUGCCACUCGAAAUGUGAAGCUAGAAGAUUUUAUAAAAAUGGAACCCGAAGAUGUCCCUCCGAUUAUGAAGACAGAGGUGCACGACGACUUUAAAUAUGUUUUUUAAAUGUACACUCAGAUGCAAAUAAAAACGCAACAGAGAAAUUUUUGGUCAAAUUUAAAGUGUUAUAUUUUUGUUAUUUUUAGCCCUAUUUUCAUGAAU